ACAAAGUUGGCUGUGAUUGCUACUGUGGAGGAUUGUUGGAAGUCUUCCUUGCGUCUUGCGUCGAAAGGAUUUGGUGCAACCUACUCUACGCCAUGUGUCACCGUGUUGUUACUUCCUGUUUGUGUCAGCGUGCUGCUGUGCUUGGUCGCAAGCAGAGGUGUAUAGGUUCGCAAAGCAAAAUGUACACAACCGUUAUCUUGCUCUCCUCAUUUGUUUUUGUUUGUACACGCACUUUGGCGACGAAUCCGGCGAGCACGACAUUUUGCGACAAAAGCCUCGUGUCCUUGCUUUCUGACUGCUCGUUCAUGCUAGGUGGUGGCUUUAAUACGUGUCAAAUUCAUCAUACAAAUAGCUGCAUGGCUUAUGAUUUUACCUCCUGGAACAUGGCACCGCUUCAGGAAAUCACUUCCUUGGAUGCCCUUGACUAUAGGAUUUCCUUAACGACGUAUUUGUACUUAUACAAUCUUAAUUACGCCCUCUCUCUCAACAUUUCUCUGUCUGCAUCAUCUGCUGACGUGCAUGGAUUCUCGUAUUCAAUGUUGGAGUACAACUUCCCAAAGGAGGAAAGAUACAACACAUGCAGGAUAUUUGAUUUUAGGAAGUUUCAUCAUGUAGAGAAUGUCACCUUGUUUUAUGACUGUUACUUUAAUAUUAUUGGGGAUAAUAACAACAAGUUCUUCCUGCUGACUACAAGAACACUCCCAACCAACCAUGUUGCUGACUUUUAUGUCACGCUGUCUAAGUCACCUCUAAACGUAGGAGGGGAAAGUGUGUGCAACUGGGAGAGCACGGUCAUGAUUCUGAAGCAAGCAUUGCCAUUGAGGAACGUUGAGCUCCUCUUCAGCCUGGCCAAAAGAGAGCUCAUGAUUCAACAGUACAGCAUUUCAUUAAUAAGGCAUACCACGACACAGCUUGAAGAAUCCGUGGCACUGAUUGUGCAGGCAGCCACACUCUCAGUCAAUGAGACGAUGUAUCAGGUUGUCAAGAUUCCCGCAGUGAGGGCCGGGAAGUAUCACAUACAGAUUCACCCUGUACACGUUGACUGGAGCAGUCACAACUGCAGUGUUACAGCCACAGACACAUUCUCUAUACUCCCAAUUGAAAAUACAAGUCUGACUGUUACAGUAACCUUAUCUGUGAUAUGCUUCAUAGUGCUGCUAGCUGGCCUUGUGAUGUGGAUCAUACUUAGAAGAACAAGACCAUCGGCACGUCGCACAUCUCGGGUCUUUUUGCUGUAUUCAUAUGAUGACGCUGAGCAUUAUGCCAUGGUCAAGGCCUUCUACGACUUCCUUUGCACCAUUCCAGGACUUGAUGUGAUAUUUGAUGUGGCACAAGCAAAUGACAUGGGCGUGCCCCAUCGUUGGCUGCUAAACAACUUAACUAGAGUUGACCACAUCAUACUGGUAAUUUCAAGUGGAGUGUACAGAAAGGUUGAGGAUGAUUUCCGCGCCACCAGAGAGCACCACCCAUGGGGUGACCACGUGGUUCCAUCAGUCCUGCACAUCAUGAAAGAUUAUACACUGCAUGGCAGACUUGUGAAGGUCACAUUUUCCAACACUGCUGACUCAAAGAUACCGACUGUUCUAUUGUCAAAAGGAACCACGUUUAAACUUCCUCGACAGCUGAAUCGUUUCGUACAUCACCUCUUCAAUGAAAGCUGUCUCUGUCACCUGCAUUGUGUUGCAAGGCAUCCAGCGUGGUACACUAGUGAAAGAGAAAAGGUGCUUGUAGCUGCCAUACAGCAGAGGGAAAUGUGCUAUUGCAGAAUUGGAGCCAGUCAUUACUCAAAGCCACCCUAUUUUUUACAGAGGUAACUGUUAACAGGAAGGUCUCGGGAAAUCGCUGUGGCUGUAUCACAAAGCCCUCGGCUUCAGGUUGGGUUUCAGUGAUGCAAAACAAGUUAAAAUAAUCUAAAGCUAAUAAAAGCAGCUUUGAUAUACUCAGAGAUGGGUACGUUGUCACGAAUUUUCAGCAUUUCCUGUCCCACUUUUGUCCCAAUUUUAGUCAUAUUUCUGUCCUGCUAAUCCCAGCUGUACCGCAAUUUCACGCAUAUUAGCCACGGCUUAUGGGCACAGUGUGGCUUAUCUAAUGACUAUAUUCCCCUGGUAUUUUCCCUAUACACCAGUUUCGAAGAAGGGGCUGACAGCGUCUCUGGAACAGCACCACCUUGCCAAUGCACAAACAAUGCGUAACAGAGCCACGUCCACAUUCGAGUAGACUGACCUUCCUGGUGCCUUUUCCCAAGCAGCUUUAACUAAAGUGGUGGCAGUGAUUCAUGUCUCCUGGGAGGCCACUGACCCAUCAAUCCAUGAAAAACACCGAACAAGGGCACAAUCCGAUCUUAGUAGAACAUUGAACUGACCUGCUUUGUUGUACACCAUGCCGACCCCGGAGUAUGGACCACAGGGUGUAUGGCCAUCUCUAUGGUCUCCUUUCUCGCACAAAUUAGUCCUGUCGUAUUGCCCGUGGCAUAUCUGCGAGUGCGGCUUAUCUGCCCGAAAAUUUUCAAAACGUUCCUAAAAACGGGUCCUGCGGCUUAGCUCCGGUGCGGCUUAUACGCGUGGAAUUGCGGUACACAUCACCACUCACUUCACAGAUCACGAGGCAGUACCUGUCACUCUAAAGUAGUUGUGCAUAUAUCAGCAGUAAAAGUGUCAACAUCCACACACAACAGCUACCGCUCAAAUUCGCGUUACACAAUCGUAACCGUCCUGUAAUUUUUUAAAUUCCUGAAACAAGCAAAUGCAUUGAGAUAUCCAUCGCCAGAUUUUGCUAUUGCAAGUGAGUCAAAACCAUGUGCAUCUUUAGCGCUAUGAGGGUAAGCCACAUUUCACGUUGGAGGGCCAUGUGCGUUCGCGAUGAAGCUGAUUGGAGUAAGUGCUGAUCUGCUGGCCAGAUGACCUGCUUUGCAGUCCAGAUAAGCCAUGGAAGUCAAAUAUGGUGUCCAUUUUGCACUUCCGGUGCGCUUGGUUUCGGUUCAUUUGCACAGCAAAAUUUGGCGUGGAUGCAUUAAAAUACGUGCCUGUUUCGGUUUUUGAAGGAAUAGCGUGACUUGAGUAAUGACAGAGCCAAAUUCUGCUACUAUCUCACAUUUCCUCAAAAACCUUUAAUUGUAAAGUUAAUUAAUAGAUUUUAGGUAAUUAGUCAUACAGUAGUUAGAGUUGCAUACUACUAGUUACUUUAGUUAGUUACUAGUAGUUACAUACUCUGUCUGACAGAAUGUCCACCUUCCUGUAUAAUCGGCCUGCAAAAAUGGCAUCUGUUCUGCUCUCAAAGCUUUCUUAUUAAAAAUCUGUAAUGGAUAAAAAAUAACGCCAUGCGUAGCAAAAUUUACUCAUGCACAGUGGAGGCAAUUUGUAGUACAGGGUUACCCACGAUCAAGUACAGUAUUUCUUCCACUCCGUAGAAGGUACUGCAGGAACAGAAGGAGCCCAGACUUGUGUGUCAGUGAUGUACGGAUAGGAUUCUUUGCUUUAGGGGGGUAAAAAUCAUAAUUUUUCAAAUGCAAAUUCUGGGAAAAAUGGAGCGUUUUCUGUCAUGGUGCUUUAUGUUAUUGGAAGUUUUGAGGUGCAAUUAAAAUCGUGUGAAUCAAGCUGCCCAUCAUUCUGCCACGGGUUCUCCACGUUGCCCUCUCUGUCGGCAUCCUCCGGCAACCACCCUGCAGGGCCGCUGACCCCCAGGUUACAUUCGGGUCUCUCGUACAGGGGCUUCGCGCAUGCCUAUCCCACACGUGUAUUCCCACAGCAGAGACGCACUGCCACCCGCGUGCACCCUGCUGAAGCACGAGAUCCUGCGGGCACGGGAUCCUGCGGGCACGGGAUCCUGCGGGCACGGGAUCCUGCGGGCACGGGAUCCUGCGGGCACGGGAUCCUUGCGUCAAGGUGACUGCGCAUUCCGAGAGAGGCAUGUCCAAGAUGCCCCAGCAAUUUUGGGAUUGCAUUUCAGAAACAAACUUUAUCGUACCUCGAUUGUAACGCACUGACCUUGACAGAGUACGAAAGAUAAGACGCUACACAUUUGCGAGUGUUUCACCCCGUCUUGUUUACAUACACAUAAUCACUUGCAUGCGACACAAGUCAUCAUUCGUUCAACGCCUCUCUGACCUCUGAACAUAGCACAGCUGAGAGAAUGUUCUUCCGGUGUCGCAGCUGCCGCAAAGCAAGCGCAACAAAUUUUGCGCAACACGGGCUAAAUCUGGGACGCGAUCCACAGCAUCAUUCCAAAAUGCACAGGUGGUGUGAUUCAUCCCUUACGUGCCUUACUGUGGCGGUACCUGAAGUUGAAAGACCUCGCGGAAUGCGGGGAGAACUCUGGUUACACCCGAAUUUUAGAAAGUUGGUUCAGGGUGCAAAUAUCGCGCGAAAUUGUCACGGUCUCUCAAUACGUACUCUCUCUAGUCAAGAAUCUCCGGCGAAAAACUCCUUAGGGUGCGCCACAGCCGCGCGAUGGCGUUCUGGUAGUUUGGGGGGCACUCCCCGGCAGUGGUCACAUUGCCGCUGCCUUGGCGCGCCCGCUUUUGUGAAGGUGCCUGGCAGUACUUGAGCGUGUGUUUGGCCUCGUAUACAGUGUAUCGUGGUGCAGUACAGCCCGCCUCAUGUCUGUUGAACAGAGGACUUUGUACAACAGCGGACACUGUCUUUUUUUAUUUAUUUAACCGUGCCCGCCACCAGCCAUGGCAUAACUAGUGGUACAACAAUAUGUACAUGCAAACACAAUAAAAUCUUUUUUUUUACAUAACAUAUAUGUCAGACACAAUGUCACCGUAUCUACAAAUUACAAAAAAGAACAGAAAAGGAAAUGUCGUGCUGUUUGGCAUGCACGUUAUGCUGACCUUGUAAAAGAGAGAUAGGAGAACUAGCAAUCAGAGGUCAACAUAAAGUAAGUCCCGAGAUCGGUUACAUCCCAAACAUAAGCAGUUAACCAUUCAAGGUGUGUGAGAUAGGAUGUGAUGAGCAGCCGCGUACCUGUUGCUAUACGCUAUGUAAAUGCUAAAUUUUAGUUUAUAUUUAUUUUCAUUCAUUUUUCCUUGUGUUUUAUUUUUUUCAUUUCAGCCCCCCUGAAAGAAAGACCGUGGCACUUUUUUUUUUUUUUUUCAGUGACAACAUAAAAGUGAUACAUUAAGGCUGAACGGCCAUCCGGAUCAUAGCCGAAGCUAGUACAAUCCGUAGAAACAUGUCAAACAAAUACAUGACAGCAGUAUACACUGAACCACAAAACUACUACACUAAAAAUAUGCAAGCCACAAAAAUUCUAAACAAUGUUAUCUGUGUUGAUUUAUGACCAGUACUGUGAAGUAAGUGCCUAUGUAGUAAUGCUAAUUUAAAGUUCCUAGAUGAAAUUACAGAUAGUGGUAAGGAAUUCCACUUAAUUAUGCCUUGAUAUUGUACAGUAUGCAUCCCAUGCUCAUUCUAUUGAUGUUGCACUAAGAGAUUAUGCCCAAACACGGAGCGGCUGGUGCGAGUUACAGAGGAAAAAUGAAGACCUUGAGCUAGCCCUUCAGUAAUAAUACAUUUCCUUAUCAUCAGUACAGUCCUUUCAAAACACAAUGUGUUAAAUGACAGAAUGCACAGUGUCUCAUACAAAGGUAGACAUGAUUGUCUAGGAUGUGCAUUCAAUAUUGCACAAAUUAUACGGUUUUGAAGAAGUUCAAUGGGUCUUAAGUAAGUUUUAUAAGUGUGCCCCCAUGAUUCAACGCAAUAUAAGAGGUGACCUUGGACUAAUGAGAAAUACAGAGUUCUUAAGACAGCCAAAGGGAAGUUUUUUAUCACCCUGUACAAAGCGCCAUGCGCUUGAGAUAACUUAGAACAUACUUGUGAAAUAUGUGGCUUCCAGUUAAGAUGGGAGUCUAGCACAACACCCAGGUACUUAUUACUAUUAAGGCGUUCGAUGGGUAAGCCCUUGAUCAUAAUAUCAAAUUUUGUUAAGUCAACACUUUUACGGUGCGAAUGAAAUACUAUGUAUUUUGUCUUCGAUAUAUUUAGCUCAUGGGCAUUGUUUUCUAACCAUUCGAGAAGCAAUGGCAUAAAAGAAUCAAUGUUGGUUCGAAUUGUAUCUAUACAUUUGCCAGUAAAAAACAACACCGUAUCGUCAGCAUACAUAAUGCAAUUUGAAGAGGUUCCACUAGGAAAGUCAUUCACGUACAAAAUAAACAAAGAUCCCAAGGCCGAGCCCUGGGUAACGCCAGUAUCUAUUGGGAGUGACGAAGAGUGGUGUCCGGCAAUAGAUACAGUUUGUGUUCUAUUGUUGAGGUAACUGGAGAAAAACCCUAAAAAGUGUCCUUUUAUACCAUAUUUAGACAAUUUAGCGAGGAGGAUAUUGUGUUGAACUGUAUCAAAGGCCUUCUUCAAGUCUAAAAAAAUGCCAACACAUUAUUCACCUCUAUUAAUAUGUAGUACUGUUGAUAAUUUCAGUUGCUGAAAGUACAGCAAUAGCUGUGAACCUCAACCUGCGAAACCCAUGUUGGUUUAGGCUGAUUACAUUGUGUUUUCAAAAAAAUGUGUCAAUCUAGAGAACAGUACUUUUUCGAAAAUUAUGUUAAGCGCACUUAACACGGAAAUUGGGCGGUAAUUAGUAAAAUUAUUAUAGUCGGCAUUUUUAUAUACUGGUACCACUCUAGCACUUUUCAAGAUAGCUGGAUAGCGAGCCUCAGCAAUAGAAGAAUUAAAAACUGUAGCCAGCACUGGACAUAGGAUAUCUCUAUCCUGUCGUAUUACCUUCAUAGUGAUAUUGUCACUGCCAGGCGAAGUAUUAUCAGAGCACUUAUUUAUAGCCUCGGGAAUAUCGUCACAUGUAACACCGAACAGUGCAAACGUAUUCACAUUGUCAUUAUAAGCAUGACCUGGGACACAACCAAUUUGGUUUCCACGUGAAAAGCCCAAGUUAACAAAGAACCCACUAAAAUGCUCGCACAAUAAGGUCAGAUCAUCAGUCGUCGUAGGCAAUACUUGCUUUGGUAAUUUCUUUCCCAUAGCCUCAUUUAUAAUCCGCCAUACUAGACGGGGAUUACUGCUUGUCCGUAUUAGCUGACAAUAAUAUUCACGUUUACGCUCUCUGAUCAUCUUAACCGAGAUGUUACGAUAAUAACUAUAUUUCUUUUUGAAGUGCUGAUUUUGAUUAUCCCGUUUGAACUUACUGCCCAAUAAUUUUUUUCUCUCAAAAUUUCCAAGAUGGGAGCUGUCACCCACGGGCAUAACGGCCUAUCGUAAUAAUCAGCGCAUGUGUAAACACUGGCUUCAGUUAUUGCUUUUUGAAUUAGUGAGGUGACGUGAAUUUGUGCGAAUUAAUCUGCAGCAACUCAAGUCCGAACGUGCAACACACAUUUCUCUUAGCUAGUGAGUGAUGGAGAAGUACCAACUACUCAAGUACAUUUCUCAAUUCUUUUACUUUACUUUAAGUACAUUUCAAAUCUUGUACAUUGUACUGUGCUUAGUGUGCUAUUUUUGCAGUACUUUCUGAUCACGUACUCAAGCACCCAAACUUGCACUCCACACAAAAAAUCACAAAAAAGUAUUAAAAAUGCACCGUACUAAAAGCGCUAAAAUGACAGUAACAAAACAAACUGAUAGCGCUAUAUGUGUGUCUUCCUCCUUUUACCAUCAUUUUGGCGCUUUUAGCGGGAUGCAGCACCAACAGUCCCAGUCGGACAUUUUACCAAACAAGCUUAUUUGAUGAAGAAAAUUAAUUGUUGAGAAACGUGAAAUGUUAAAAAAGUACCAAUGCUUCUAUGCAAAGACACACCCGCACACAUUGUGACAUUGCGAACGGCAGCAUGAUGACUUGGUCACCAAGAAUGUAGAAAUGAAAUAAUUUUCAAUCAAAAGCGACGUACAGUCAAUUGUCACUUCAGUUCUCUCAAUGCAUGGUUGUAGUGCUUUUUUUAAAUAUUGUUUCCUUCACUGGCAAUUAAUAAUCAUUCUAUAUCACAAUGUGUGAUUGGAUUACAUGGUGAAGUGAAGUAACAAUCUGAAAAAUACAUACUUUUAAUUUUUACAUUUCGCGUUUGCUUAAUUUGUCACAUCUGGAUUACGUUGCUCCAGAUUACAGUCGUAUAAAAAUGAAGUAUUACAUUGUGCUUCAUGUUUUCUUUUGUUAUUUUUUUAUGUUGUGUUUCGAAAAGCAGCAAGGAAUGUCCAGAAGUGUAUAAUCUCUAUUGGCUUGUGUUCUCUGCCGGAGUUCCCUGACCAGAGAGGGUAUUGAGAGACUGUGACCCUAUGUAUGGAGUAAAAAAUUAUGUCACAAUUUUCCAGCUUCCAGAUCUGUCUUAGUAAAUUAUGAAAACUUAAAACCACAUCUUUCCUAUACAUUGUCAUUACUCUAUUCUCUCUUUUGCUUUUAGCUGUCAGGGCAUCAGUGAUUACUUUUAGUUAAUUCUAAAAGGCAUAUUCAGUAGAAGUGUACAACGGAAGUGCGUCUUAUGCCUCAAUAUUGUAAACAUGCAGUAAAAUAAAGAUUAACAAAAUUUCCACUACUCUGAAGGCGUGCCAGCCCACAUACGCUCUAGGCUUAGCAAGCAAUACAGGCAUCGUGCAACACAUAAAAGGGGCACGAUGCUCUGUCACGACUGCGCUGCCAACGGCAGUCUUGGUGCCAUGCGGCAUGACUACAUGCUGCCCACUCCAUGCCAAUGGAUGGGCAUGUGAGCAGUGGUGACAACAGCUUGUUUUUCGGGUUGGGAACACUGUUCACAAACAAAAAGGAGGCGAAUUGCACAAAAGCAGCCAUGUUUUUAAUGUAUCUGAUGGUGCACACUAAAUAGAAUACAUUCUAGUAAAAGUAUCAUUUUGUUUGCAUGCGACCUAGUGCAUAGAAUGCAAAGAAUAAAAGGAAAAUAAUGGCAGGAGUUGCAGGUGACCUAAAAAGAGCCUGGUUUGUUGACUGACAGCACCCCCCCCCCCCCCCCCCCCCCCCCCCCCUUCAGCCCUGAUGUCCCGCCUUGGGGCUGUAGGAGUGUGGUCACUAUGUGCAUGUAGCUAUAAAAUGCCUCCACUGUCCUUUGCGUCAACAUUUUAUGUGGUUGCUAAUAGUCUCCUACAGGUGGAACAAACAACUGUGAUAGCAAACACUACUCACGUGAAACUGCGAAGCACGCGAGAUUGAUUUAUGUAUAUUCUGCUACCAAAGUUGUCCUCUGUGCUUUUUUUUUUUUUUUUUUUUUUUGUUUGCAUAUUUUCACAUUCCUUCCAUAAUGUGCAGCCUUGCAUUAAAGGAGCACUGAGGUGACCCCCCAAUUUUUUAUUUUAUUUAUUUAUUUUUGUUUUCCUGCGGAAUGUUCUCCAUCGAAUAAAAUGAGCUCCUGCGAAAGAACGAUGAGCACAGGUGACCUACAGAGUGGGCACGAGUCCUCUGUUCUGCACUCCUUUCAAAAAUCCUCUCCUCGUUAAAAUAGCACUUCACAGAGGACGUCAUGACAUAACGUGAUCCCCCGGCACAUCAUUCGUGACGUACAACGGCACAGCUCAGACAUGUAUAAGCGGUGCAUGAGACGAGAAAAAAAAAGUGCUCUGGGCCGUCUCUUCGUCACGCAAGGAUGGUGUCGGCUGUCCACGGCUGCUCUCUCAGACUGUUUUUGUAAAUCUGAUCGUGCAGCUAUAAUACACCGCAGAGCAGAAAUACUUUGCAUGUUGACUCCUGGUGGACAGCUUCUUGACGGACGAGGUAGAGUCCUUCCCCCCCCCCUCCCCGCCUUGGGAAAAUUGGCGUGCUACGUCUAUGGUGUGGUAUCACUCAGGAUACUUAGUUUUUUUAUCACAAAUAAGCUAUAGCUGUCUACUUCCUGCUGGGGUUCCAUAAUGGGCACCUGCAAACUUUACAAACAUCUUUUCUUCUUUUUAAUCAUUAGCAGAUUUGAUUAGAGAUGCAUAGUGGAGGGUUUGUGUGCUUUUCAAUCUGCUACAAGUUUUAGAUGAUAAAGGCAUACUGUUAAAUAUCCAAUCAAUUUUGUACAGUUUAGAAACUAGCCCAUUGUAAUAAAAACUUGUUGCACAUACA